UCUUGCAUUUAUUCGUCGUCUAUCCCUUGAAUCGAAGCGAAGAGCUCUCAGUGUGUGCCUCAGUGGGUUUGAUUUUGAGUUUUUAAGUAAAAUUCAAUUCCCAGGGAAAUUUUUUAAAAAAGUUAUUCUUUGCUGUGGAAAGUAAUUGAUAAAUUUUUUUAAACAAAAUGUUGCGCGCCAGUGCAUUAUUAUUAGUUUUGGUUGCUAUUUGCCAACAAAUCUGUGCCGAAGUUUACUACGAGGAAAAUUUCAUUGAUGAUUCAUGGAAAGACUCGUGGGUCUACAGUAAACAUCCGGGCAAGGAAUUCGGAAAGUUCGUCAGAAGUUCUGGAAAAUUCUACAACGAUGAGGAAGCCGAUAAAGGUCUGCAAACAUCUCAAGAUGCACGAUUCUAUGCUCUGUCAAAGAAGUUCGAUCCUUUCACAAACGAAGGCAAACCAUUGGUUAUUCAAUUCUCUGUGAAACACGAACAGAACAUUGACUGCGGUGGUGGUUAUGUUAAGUUGUUUGACUGCUCACUCGACCAAACCGAUAUGCAUGGUGAAUCACCAUACGAAAUUAUGUUCGGACCUGAUAUUUGCGGACCCGGAACCAAGAAAGUCCAUGUUAUCUUCAGCUACAAGGGCAAGAAUCAUUUGAUCAACAAGGAUAUCCGUUGCAAGGAUGAUGUCUACACUCAUUUCUACACGUUGAUCGUGAUGCCAGAUAAUACAUAUGAAGUGCGCAUCGAUGAUGUCAAGGUUGAAUCAGGUAUUUUGGAAGAUGAUUGGGACUUUUUGCCACCAAAGAAGAUCAAGGACCCAGAAGCCAAGAAGCCUGAAGAUUGGGAUGAUAAGCCAACCAUUGCUGAUCCAUCUGAUGUGAAACCUGAAGAUUGGGAAAAACCAGAACACAUUCCCGACCCAGAUGCUACCAAACCAGAAGAUUGGGACGAUGAAAUGGACGGCGAAUGGGAACCACCAAUGGUCGACAAUCCAGAAUACAAGGGCGAAUGGCAACCCAAGCAAUUGGAGAACCCCAACUACAAGGGAUCAUGGAAACAUCCAGAAAUCGACAACCCAGAAUACAGCGCCGAUGAUAACCUCUACCUGCGCAAAGAAAUCUGCACAAUCGGUUACGAUUUGUGGCAAGUCAAGUCUGGCACAAUCUUCGAUAAUGUUCUUAUCACUGAUGAUAUUGAGUACGCCUCCAAAUUGGCUGCUAAGGUCCUUGACACCCAAGCCGGUGAAAAGAAAAUGAAGGAAGGCCAAGACGAGGAACAACGCAAGCAGGACGAAGAAGAAUCAAAGAAGAACGUUGCCGAGACCAAGGAAGAUGAUGAGGAUGAAGAUGACGAUGACAAAGAAGAAGGAGUCCCAGAAGUAGAAGAAGAUUCCUCAAACGAACACGAUGAGUUGUAAACUCAUUUGACGCUAGAUAUUUCCACCUAAUUGCGUGCCGUAGCCGUCGCCGUGUGUGUUCGUUAGUUCGUUCGGUGUGCACGUUCCACUUGUUUUGUUUAGUUUUCUUCAGUUUAAACACGUUUUCAUUUAUACCUACAUAUAUAACAAACAAAAAAAAAAAAAAAACAAAGACUUAUUUUGUAAUUUAUUAUUUAGGAAAGAAGAAAAUAUAAAGGGGUGUGUCUGAGAGAAUGUUAAAACAUCAUUUUUAUGUUUCUUCCCUUUAACGUAAGACUCCAAACUUCCCCAUACCCCAAAUCCCCAUGUUCUCGAUAAGUAAGAUAAGAAAUUGCUUAUAUUGAAUUUAAUAUUUAUAUACAUUUUUGUAUAUGAGCUAUGAUGUGAAUAAAAGAAAAAAAAAAUAUAAACAAUUGUAUAAACAACAAAAUAAAAACAAGAACAAAAAAACUCUUAAAAACGAAUAAAAAAAAGAGAAAAAAUACACAAAAAACAAAAAUAGUUAUUAAUGCAUUUUAUUUUUGAAUUUUCAUGAACAAUAAUUCGAGGGAAUUUGUUUUUCUUUUUUCUUAAAUUUCUAUUGUAUUAUUUUGUUUAUAUCUUGUUGGUAAAUUAUUUAUUUGUGGUAUAAAGUUUAUAGAAAAAAGAUGAAAUAUUAGAAAUCUGAUUCAAUAAGAUGAAAAUGAAUUUUCAAUAACAAAUAAGCAUUUUUUGUAUGACUGAUGAGAAAUAAAACAUAAGUUUAAAAUAUGUAUAGUGAGGAA